AUGAGCGGGUUGGUAUACCCCACUACGACAUGCUCAGCUACCGAGAUAUUGGAUUCGUUACCGGGGAAAUUUGAGAAAGCGAGGAAGAGUGGAGAAUUGUUUUAUUUUCCUAGUGGAGCUAAAGAUGUCGUUUCUGAUGGGAAAAGAUUCAACAUACGCUGUUGUCCUUCUCUUUUGGACAAACAACGAGCUAAAAUACAAGCCUUACAAGCCGUCGGUGUAGAAAGGUCCGAUGAUCAACCCAACAAACGACAACGUGUGGAUGAAACGAAACAGAACCCUUCGGAACCUUUCAAACCUCCUUAUGUACCAGAACUAUAUGUAGGUUGUUUGGAAGGAUUAGAAGGGGAAUCAGGAAUGUCUGUAUUGUUGAACAAAUACUCCGUCUUACCUGAACACAUCCUACUCUGUCCACAAACACAUGAACCACAAUCCCUCCCACCUACACCUCAUCAAAUUGCACUCGCCUAUACCAUCCUUCUCGCUGCUUCUCGACAUCCUGCGAAACCCAGAAGAAUGUUAGCGUUCUAUAAUGGUGGGGUUGGGGCAGGGGCUAGUCAGAGUUGGCGACAUAUACAGUUGGUGGACGUUGUCCGUCCGCCUGUGGAAGAUUGGUUUGCUGGGGUCAAAUUCGAGAGAAAGGACCAACCCAUCAUCCACCCCUCUUUACCUUACCUCCACAUCAUCCAUCCUCUUCCGGACCAUCAACAAAUCCCAUAUCCUCUGUCAGAAGAACAAGCAGGUUAUCUGGUGGAUGAACUAGCUCCUCCUUUGAUGAAAUGUUUUGAUCUCAUGUUUGACUCUAUCCGACGUGGUCAAGGAAAUAAAGAUGGAGGAUGGAAUCUUCUCAUGACUUUGGACCAUUUGCAUCUCAUACCCCGUUCCGCCCCCAGUUUCCCUCUGCCGACAGGACACGAAGCUCUCGAACUGAAUUCCCUCGGAUACGCAGGAAUGAUGCUUACUCGGUCCGAAGAUGAAGAACGUACGCUUCUUUCUUCUGUCGAACAUACCGGUGGUCUCAUGUCUGUCCUCCAAAACUGUGGUGUCCCUCGUCAAUGGGGAGAAGAGGCUCUUGAAGCUCAAAAUCUUCAUCGCGAUCUGCAUACUUUACAAUAA